AUGCAGCUUACGGGAACCGGCAGCCCCCGCUCCGCCAUAUCCCUCCAUUCCCUUCGUCGCCGCCUCGCCGGCCACUUCGAGGCGGUCGGCGAGCACUGCACCACGCGCGGCUCGAGCUCACUCUCCGAAGAGGCCACGGACGCAAGCACCUAAGCUCACGCACGAGGAUCCCGGAGCUCUCCUGGCCGCGGCGUACGCGUCCGGAGCUCGUUCAGCUGUGUGCUGUGCGCGCGGUGUCUACGGACAUGGACGGCUGCGUGAGGCGUGUGUGUGAGUGCUUGACCGCGUACCUGCUGCUCCCGAGCGGCGCUGAGCCGGCGUCCCCUUGGGCCAACGCCGGCGUGCGCGUCGGUCUGGGGCACACAACCUGUUCGCUGAAAUGCCUGAAGGCCGGACAAAUAGAGAUUUUUUUAGAUGCCCGUACCGGCACAUAAGAAGCGUGAACAAACAACCCAGCAGAAUGAGCGGUUGCCUACAUAGCAGCGCACAUGAACGUCACGGAUCACCGCGCCGCGAGGCGAUUUUCAGCAGCCGAGGCAGCCAAAAGCUGAGGCUGACGGCGGCGCUCCGACGGGAGGAGGUGCGGCACAAGCACACAUGGCACACGGGGGCGGCAAUGAGGAUGGAAUGCUGAUGGUUACUACAGCAAUGUCCAUGCGUGGGGAAGAAGGCGAAAGGAGACCCGGUGGCGGAUGAUGGCGGCUGCUGCACAUCAAGUUGGUGGCGACAGAUUGUUAUAAAGGGACCCUCGAGAAACUGCCCAGGCAUGGAGCUCUUUCCAUGGCUCAUCCUGUUUGGUGUUCUUGUGCAGGCUUCUGUCAUCCUGGCUGAUACAAAUGCGCAAGACACUGCUGGCCUCACCGGGAUUGCAGCUUCCUGGGACACCAAACCAUCAAACUGGGAUGGCAAUGAUCCAUGCGGCGACAAGUGGAUCGGGAUAAUUUGCACCCAGGACCGGGUCACAUCCAUAAGAUUGUCAAGUCAAUCACUGUCCGGAACUCUUUCGGGGGACAUUCAAUCUCUGUCGGAACUACAAUACUUGGACUUAUCCUACAACAAGGACUUGGGUGGCUCUCUUCCUUCAUCCAUUGGAAGCUUGAGCAACCUCCAAAAUUUAAUACUUGUUGGCUGCAGCUUUGCUGGUGAAAUACCUAAAGAGAUUGGCCAGCUCUCAAAGUUGAUAUUUCUAUCUCUGAACUCCAACAGGUUCACUGGUCGCAUACCGCCGUCACUCGGUGGCCUCUCAAAGCUAUACUGGUUUGAUCUGGCUGACAAUAAGCUCACUGGAGGACUUCCGGUAUUCGAUGGAACAAAUCCCGGUUUGGAUAAUCUGACAAAUACAAAGCACUUCCACUUCGGCGUCAAUCAGCUCUCUGGCACCAUACCGAGCCAGAUUUUCAACUCACAAAUGAAGCUGAUACAUUUUCUUGUCGACAACAACAACUUUUCUGGCAGCAUCCCCCCUACUCUAGGCCUUCUUAAUGUGCUGGAAGUUCUACGUUUUGAUAACAACAAUCAGUUGUCUGGGCCAGUUCCCACCAACAUCAACAACCUCACCAAGCUGGCUGAACUCCAUCUAGAAAACAACGGGCUCACUGGCCCUCUGCCAGACCUGACAGGAAUGAGUGCACUCAGCUUUGUGGACAUGAGUAACAACAGCUUCAAUGCAUCCGAUUCUCCAGCCUGGUUGACUGCUUUGCCGUCUUUGACUUCAUUAUACCUAGAGAAUCUGCAAAUCGGCGGACAGCUCCCGCAAGAGCUUUUCACCCUUCCUGCAAUUCAGACACUGAAGCUUCGGGGCAACCGCUUCAACGGCACCCUAAACAUUGGGUCAGACUUCAGUAGUCAGCUCCAAACAAUUGAUUUGCAGGACAAUCAAAUCGAAGCGAUCACUGUUGGGGGAACCCAAUACAACAAGAAGCUCAUACUUUUAGGAAACCCAAUAUGCAACCAAGGGAACAACGAGCAAUACUGCAAAGCCGCGCCACAAUCCAACCCGGCGGCACCGCCAUAUGCUACUCCUAAGAACUGCUCAGGGCUGCCAGCAACAUGCCUCUCAAGCCAACUUCUGAGCCCAAGCUGCACAUGUGCCGUACCGUACAAAGGCACACUGUUCUUCAGAGCACCAUCGUUUUCUGACCUCAGCAACGAGUCAUACUAUCAUCUACUGGAGAAGGACAUGAAGACCAAGUUCUUGUCAUACAGUGCCCCCGUCGACUCGAUCGCUCUUCAUAACCCAUUCGUUGAUGUGAACAACAACUUGCAGCUGAGCUUGGAGGUCUUCCCCGGCGGCAAGGUUCAGUUUGGGGCGCAGGACAUUUCUGACAUUGGGUUCAUUUUGAGCAAUCAAACGUAUAAGCCGCCCGCUGUUUUCGGUCCAUACUAUUUCAUCGCCCAAAGCUACCGUAUUGCAACAGAGGUGCCAGCAUCUAAAAAAUCAAAGGCGAACAAGUUGCCACUUAUCGUCGGAGUCGCAGCCGGUGGUGCAGUUGUUAUUGCAGUGCUGCUUCUUGUUAUUUUUUUCAUCACGAGACGGAAGAGAGAACCAAAGAAGACCGAAGAGAGAAGCCAGUCUUUCGCUUCUUUGGACAUGAAGAGCACCAGCACCAGUGUGCCACAGCUGCGCGGUGCGCGCACGUUCACGUUCGCUGAACUGAAGAAGAUAACCAAUAACUUCUCGGAGGCGAACGACAUAGGAAAUGGCGGCUUCGGGAAGGUUUACAGGGGGACACUUCCAACUGGGCAACUGAUCGCUGUCAAGAGAUCCCAGGAGGGAUCCCUGCAGGGGAGCCUGGAAUUCAGAACCGAGAUCGAGCUCCUGUCCAGGGUUCACCACAAGAAUGUGGUGAGCCUCCUCGGUUUCUGCCUUGACCAGGGCGAGCAGAUGCUGGUCUACGAGUACAUCCCCAAUGGCACACUCAAAGAGAGCCUCACAGGCAAGUCCGGCGUGCGGCUGGACUGGAAGCGGAGGCUCCGUGUCAUCCUCGGCACGGCCAAGGGCAUCGCCUACCUCCACGAGCUCGCAGACCCUCCGAUUGUCCACCGGGACAUCAAGUCGAGCAACGUUCUCCUCGACGAGCGGCUCAAUGCCAAGGUCUCGGACUUUGGCCUCUCCAAGCUUCUAGGCGAGGACGGCAGGGGGCAGGUCACCACACAAGUGAAGGGCACAAUGGGUUACUUGGACCCUGAGUACUACAUGACGCAGCAGCUGACGGAGAAGAGCGACGUCUACAGCUUCGGCGUGCUGCUGCUGGAGAUGAUCACGGCCAAGAAGCCGCUGGAGCGCGGGCGGUACAUCGUCCGGGAGGUGCUCGCCGCGCUCGACCGGAGCAAGGAUCUGUACGGCCUGCACGACCUGCUGGACCCGGUGCUGGGCGCGUCGCCCACGUCGCUGGGCGGGCUGGAGCAGUAUGUGGACCUGGCUCUGCGCUGCGUGGAGGAGGCCGGCGCGGACCGCCCCUCCAUGGGCGAGGCGGUGAGCGAGAUCGAGCGGAUCACCAGGAUGGCCGGCGGCGGCCCCGAGUCGGCGUCCGAGUCCAUGAGCUACGCCAGCAGGACGCCGCGCCACCCCUAUGGAGGAGACAGCCCGUCGGAGUACAGCGGCGGCGGGCUGCCGUCAUCGAGGGUGGAGCCCAAGUGAAGCUAGCUAGUUGGCAUGGUCAUGUAUCGUACCAUAUCAAGUGUGAGUGAUGCGUGAGCUGAAUUUGUGUGCUAUGUUUUGUACAGCUUACUUACCUUAUAUAUGUAAAUUUUGGUUGAUGCUAAUUAGCGUCUGGAUUAAGCAUUAGGUGAUGUAUAAAAGAGAAGCGGAUUAUAAUUUUCUCUCUUAGUUAAUUAGUUUCUCUUUCA